GGCGACUUCAUCAUCAUCUCGAUGUUUUGGCGGUCUGAACUGCAUCUCUGUCUAUCGGCUGCUCCACGCGCUAACGCGCGCUUUUUGCAAGUCAAUAAACGUAUAAAUAUGACAAGGCAACAUUCUUCGCAGCAUUUUAACUGAACCCUAUUGUUGUGGCAACAGGACGAUAUUGGUAAUCCAUACAGGAGUUUUUACUACUUUUUAUCCAGUGCUUGUAUAAUAACCGAGAUAAACAGUAAACCAACACAUAACUGGAGGGAUUCCAUUAUUUUUACUUUUUGUGAAACCUUUUAGUGUAAUGUUGAAGUUUACCUACCGGUAGACAGUUUAUUUUUCUUUUAAGAAGUGUUUUUCGGGGAAUUACUUCUGAAAAUGUUUUCAGUGAUAGCUUCAUCUGCUCGGGUGUCUUCACCUUCGCCCUCGUGCAACAAAUCAGGACAUCACCACCAGACCCAUCAGAUGAACACGGAGAUAGAACAUAGUUGUGAGGUCAGCACCGCCAAGAACAUACAGGAUAAGGAAAGGGAAACCUUCCUGUCUUAUGGAAUCUUCAAUAUGGUAGCAGGAAAAAGGACAGCAGAAUUACUUCAUAAACAACACAAACAUGAACAACAUCGUCAGUCUCAUUCGGAUGUCUGUGGGUUCUCAGAUUUAUUUCACCAUGCCAAACAUUCAAAUGAAUCUACUCCCAACCCUUCUCCAAAAGUACGACAUCAACGCCCAACGCAUGCGCACACCAUAGAUCUGUCAGAGCAUGUAGCUGUCUGCAAGUCACAAGGCCACCAUCAGAAAAGUUCCAAAUGUGAUCUCUCUAAGCCUCGAGACCUGCACAAACACAAGAAACCCGAGGACCUUCACUCAAGUAGUUCAAUGGAUUCCAUCUUGUAUAAAUCCGCUGUGAGCUGUCAUAAGCCGCUUAAGUGAUCUUUGAUCAGUUGUUUAUUUGGAACACUGCUGAGACAGGUGGCGGAGAUUCAAAACAAUGUGCUUUACCGAUAUAUUAAUGUUGUUUGAAGGAU